AUGUAUAAAUCAAUCAUAUUGAAAAGUCUUAAGUUAAUGCAUUUACCACCUCCUCCACCUUAUGAACCACCAGAUGAUUUAUCUUCAACCCCUUCUACUUUAUACCCCACUUUAUCUACCGAAUCGUUGGAAUCUUCAUCAAAUAGUUCCACUACCAUCCUUAAUAAUUUGAAAUCAUUACAUAACUUAAAAACUAUCGAUAUCACUAUUCAAUUACAAAAUGAGAAAUUUGAAUAUAAACAAGGUGAUAUCAUAUCUGGUACUAUUGAAUAUAAGAAUAAAAAGAAAUUCCCUGUCAAUUUCUCUAUGAUUUAUAUUUUAUUCGAGGGAAUUAUUAGUAUUAAUAACUAUGAGAAAGUUUUCUUAUCCAUGAUUGAUUUUAAUUCAUUUAUGAAUCAACCACCAUCAUCAUCUUCAAAUGUUUUACAACUUUUACCUAAUACGUCAUAUGUUAAAUCAUUUUAUUUUGUCAUUCCUCAAUAUUUACUUGAUUCAACUUGUGGUUUUAUCAACCAACAUUUACAAUUACCCCCUUCAUUGACUAGCGAACGAGAUUUGUCAGUCAUGAAUGGGAAUAUCAAGUAUAAGAUCUCCACUUAUAUCAUAAGUUCAAAUACUAAGGAAUACCUAAACAUUGGUCAAUCAGAACGAUGUGUGAGAUUAGUACCAUUUUAUGACCAUACCCUGAUGUGCAUUACUCGGAAUGAAACUUUCACUUAUGCUUAUAUGUUUGAAAUUAUGAAACGUGACUUAAUGUUUAUUAGUAAAUCCAAAAUUGAUGAAUCUCUUUCCAAAAUGGAAUUGAAAGUGGUUAAUUCUUUACAAUUCAAGUUUAAAAAACAAUUGUAUAAAUUACAAGUUCCUUUAAAACCAAUCCAAAUUGCAUAUGUUCCAUUAAAAUCUUCCUUAACUCCACCUAAUAAUCCUAAUCUAAAUCAAAUUGUUAAACUUAGAUUUAAAUUAACUUUACCUCCCCAGUUUAUCAAAUCAAUUAAAAUGGAAUUAGUGGCAGUUACUAUCAAAUCAUCAACUUCAAUCCCCAUCAUCGUCUCCAAUGAAAUGAUUUAUCAAACCUUUUCAAAUUCAAUCACCUACAACGAUAUCAUUAUAAGACCCAUUAGGCGAUUAUUAAAUGAAUUAAAUUAUAAGAAUGUUGCCGCCAUAUCACCUCACUUAAGUUCUAUAUUUUGGAAAUUAUUAAACAGUUCAGUGAAAUAUACCCCUUUAACCAUUGAUGAUUCAUCAUAUUCUUAUGAUUCAACUACUAAUGAUUAUGAUUUGAAAUUAAGUCUCAAAUCAAUGUAUAUUAAAAAUCUUGAUAAAGCAGUGGUAGAUAAUAGAUUCGGAAUGGGAUUUAAUUUAUUACCUAAUUUUCAAAGUUGUUAUUUCAUAAGGAAAUAUUAUUGUUCAAUCGUAGUGAAAUUGAAUAAUGUCGGUGUAAGUGCUUCAAUGGAUAGUCUUAAUAAUAAUAAUCAAUUAUGUAUUAAUAUCCCCAUUGAAGUAGUUGAAAAUAUUUAA